AACCGGCUCCUGUGGCCAGCAUCGCUCGCUUCCUUUCAUUUGGAGGUACUGGAUUUACCAAAGCAUCCCUUGUCCCUCUCAGUGUUCUGGGGCUUCUGUUGCUUCCUGGUUGCCUCCAGUAGCCUGCAGCCCUGUGAUGCUGAUCCUGCUCACAUGGCAGAACAGGAUGUGAUCAGCCCUUCAAUUAGGCAGAGAUCUGAAAAGAAGAGGAAAUCAAGAUGAUGAACUGGUGAGGAGCACGUGUGAGUCAAUAUGAGAUAUCUAAUGGCAUUAUGAGCAAUGAAUGAGUCCUACUACCACUUUUGGAGGGUCCCAGCCUGUUUACCUUCAGUAACUACACACAUCUUCCAAGGGGAAACUGCUGCACUAAUGAGGGGUGUUCACACCAACCAGGCUCUGUGUCUCCUUCGGGGUGCCCUGGCUCUCAUCCCUGAGGAAUUUUUCACUAUGCAGACUACUUUCCUUCAUUAAAAUGGCCAUGUUAAAUAGCUGUGAGGUUCCUCCACGCCUCCUUUGUGGAGCUGAUCUACUCCACAGCUGGCAGCUCUUUAGAGAAGGAAACAGGAGGUUACUAAACCCAUUCAUUUCUCACAUGCACCCACGUUUCGGAUGGCUGUGGAGAUCCAGCUUUAAAGUCCUCUGAGAGCCACUGGAACGAAGAGCACUCUGUGAAGACAUUAUAAUUACGAUGGGAUUUUGGGGUGUGUGGAAAUGAGUCAUGGGGACGUUUCCCAGCCAGCAGGCUCUUGGAGCCAGGUGAGCUCUUCCCUGGAAUGCGAAGCAUGCGGCGCGGCAACUGGGAGGAACAGGUUUGGCAGGAGACUUGAAGCUGUUCACAGCAGACAGCCUCUUCAGAGCCACAUCCCUGCUUUACCCACCUCCCAGCCCGAUGCUCCUCUCUGCCACACUGGCCCUGGCGAGCCGGAGAGGAUGGACACGCUGCGGAGGAGCCUUUCCCGCUGGAAGAGGUACCACAUUAAGGUGCACCUGGCAGAUGAGGACCUGAUGAUGCCCCUGACGGUCAAGCCCAGGGACACGGUGAUGGACCUGCGGGCUCACUUGGUGCGGGAGGGCGUCACUUCCUGGAAGAAGACGUUUUAUUACAACUCCAGGCAGCUCGAGGAGCACGAGACUCUCAAAGAAGCCAAUAUCCAGAAUGGCUCCGUCCUGCUUCUUGUCAGCAAUAAAAGAUAAUGCCAAAGAGCACAGCCAAAGCCAUGAGAGCUGGGGAGCGUGACAAGGGCUGAAGGGAAGCAGACGGAAGAGAGCUUGGCCACGGAAAGGCAGCCCCAGCACCGGUAAGUCCCUCCCCGCACGCCAACUCCAGGACUGUUCGGAAGCAGCUCCCAGUGUUUUCAGCAGUGAAUAAUGCCCAUGAAUAACGAACCCAAACAGAACAACAAAUAACGUUUCCUCAUGCGCUCUCGGCUGCCAAAGGAGAAGUGUGGGCAAGACUGACUCAGCUCCCGAGGGCAGUGAAUCAGAGAGAAAUGCCCCUCAAAGGGCGACUUCUGCCUGGGUGAUGAAGCGAGAGGGAGCAGAGGUGGACUUUGCUUAGGGCCCGAGAUGGGGACUUUGGACAUGUGAGCCUCCUUCCGACCCUCCCAACGGGGAUUCCUCAGAGGAGCUGGGUUGGUUGCUGUCCUUCAACUGAUGGAUCUUAUCAUAUAGGAAAAAGAAGGAGGAAGGAAAGAAAGGCAAACCACGUGGAAACAGCCACAGGUACAGCAUAAAGAGAGGUGUGGACAAGGCUGAAGACCAAAGCUAAAAGGUGCUUGAGCUCCUGUCUGCGUGCCAGCCUCAGUGUAUUGCGAGAUGGAGACGUCUGCAACUUCGCAUGCUGUACUAUGGAUGGGAUUUCUUCUUCAUCUUUGGGAUCCUGCUGUUGAUGGGGCGUCCCGGACAGGAUUACCAACAGCGCUGCCCUCCACCUCCACCUCAGAGCUGCAGCCAGGCUUUCCCAGCCAGCUCCUUCUCUUCAGCUUCACAAGACAAGCCCAGGCAGGCCAUCUCCAGCAGCUGCUGUGCUUCAGCAGGGCAGCUCAGGCUCAGGCAUGUUCCAGUGGCUCUUCUCCAAUCCCCAAGUCACGGAUGCAUGGAGUGCUUCAGUUUCCAGGGCCAUCAGCCUGGCAGCUCUCCUCAGCACUGAAUUUACUCUGUAAAGUUACAUCAGUGUUCUGCCCCACGGGAAUGGGGGAACAGAUGUAGCCUCUGAAGUCUGCCUUAAUUCACCUGCUUCACUGCAUUUCCUGCCCUGCCUUCUGAUCCAUGAGCCUGCACUGGCGGUCCAGGGAACA